AUGGGCGCCGUCGUAUCCUGCAUCGCAGGAGUCUUCCGCUCAAUCGGAGCCUGCCUAAAGGGCAUCGUGCACGUCGUCGGCUCCAUCUGCAUGGCGAUCAUCAACGGCGUGGUCUCGCUCUUCGAUGUCCUCAUUACUUGCUUGACGUGUGGGUAUUGUGGGGGACGGAGAAGGAGAGGCGGGGUUAGGAGGUCGAGGAUAUAA